AUGACCACCCCUCCCAUAGUGGCGUUCGCCGGGCAGCAGGCUCAGGCUGCUCGUGAUGUCAACACGGCGUCGCUCUGUCGCAUCGGCCAGGAGACGGUGCAGGAUAUCGUCUUACGCACCAUGGAGAUCUUCCAGCUGUUGAGGAACAUGCAGGUAAGUGUUUCUUGUGACUUUUUUGUGUUGGGGCGGGUGUAAAGGCUGAACAAAGUUCUUGGCUUGCCUUUCAUUAUGGAUGGUGCUCGUCUGUCAACCACCUUUAUUACACGCAAAGCAUUGUUUGCAUGUGCUCCUCUUCCCUUUUACACACGCACACAGUCACAUGCGCGCACACACAUGAUUCAGCCUUAUUUGACUCCAGACCGACAGCAUUACAUAAACUGACAGCACAACAUUGAUUGAUUGUCAUCCAAGAGAUACAAAUUGUGAGGCACUGGUUGGAGUGUUAAACCAAAUAAAUGUCCCUCUCUUUCCUCACAUUCAUAUCAAAUAACAGUAACACAAUAUGACAUGCAUUGUCCCUCUGUUUUGUGGUGAGAAUGGAUGGAUAUGGGCCUAAGAGCAGAAAGCUGAGCCAACUAAGACCGCUUUUAUUCUUGCCCUAGGAAGGCAUGUCCCAUGGUACAAUCCUUUCUCACACUUGUUUUUAAACAUUGAGGAUUAUAUAAAUGGGUGUGAAAAGGCCUUUAUUUGAUCAUUAGACAGUCACCAUCUGUUUAUACCUCUUCUCGACCUUCUGUUGACACAUUGGAAAGAUCAGACUUUGCCCUGAAGAUGGGUUCAGGACAGUUUGGGGACAUCCCAAAUGGCACCCUAUUCCCUAUGUAGUUCACUACUUUUAACCAGGGCCCAUACUAGGACUCUGGUCAAAGUAGUGCACUAUAUAGGGAAUAGGGUGCCAUUUGGGACAUUGUCUCUCUCUGUCUGUCUGUGUCUCAGAGAAGAUCCUUCUGCAGCUCAUUAAAACAACAACAGAGAAAGACAAAAGAAGAAGAAUGCAUUACCACCACUUGUUUCACAGAUCACAGACUCUGUGUGGAAAAAAGAUCACUCUGUUUACAGAGUGGUAGGCAUGUAUACAGGUAUACACCCUACCUACCCUCAUGCAGGGAAUAGUUUCAGGCUGUACAGGAUGUUUACUAUCAGUUAAAAGUGCCUAAAGCUAAAGCUAGUUGGCAUAAAGCUCAGGUGAAACAGUCUGGAGCUUUUUUAAGUCAUACACAUAUCAUGUAAACUUCUCCUCUCAGUGGAAUGCCAUGUAACAGCACAUUAAAAUUUAAUCAAUUUAAAACAGUUUUUUUGUCUACAUUCCAAUAAUUCAGUCAUUAUUUUACAAACUUUCUACACUUCAGUUACCACCAUAAACAUUUGAGUAAUCACACGCUGGUUACUAGUAGUCAAAGAGUAGCUGGUCAAGGAGGUACUAGUCAAGGAGUAAAUAGGAGGUCCUGUAAUGACCCCGUAGCUAUUAUUACAAUGUUAUUACAUUACUAAAAGAGUAUGUAACACACUUCUUUCCUAUGUCAUCUCUCCCAGCUGCCAAAUGGAGUGACGUACCACCCCAACACCCACCAGGACAGACUGGGCAAACUGCAGGAGCACCUGCGUAUGCUCUCUGUACUCUUCCGCAAGCUGCGCCUCGUCUACGACAAAUGCAACGAAAACUGCACCGGUCUGGACUCUGUACCCCCAGAGGUGAGUGGCCACAGUCCCAGGACCACUCUGUGUAUCAUAAUCAAUAUAUAACCAGUUUGAACUGGACAUAAUUUACUUUACCACAGUUGACGAUAUUUUGGCUCAGUAUACAAACCUACACAAACCACUAAUGCAGAUUUAUGGACAUUUCGGUUCUUGCCAGAGAGACUGGAUUACAGUUUCCUCAUACAAAAUGUCUGACUGUAGUGAGGGGAUCCACCGUGGCUGUGAAGAAAGUUCAGAGGAACCCCCGGUGCCUGGGGGAUUCUUAUCUCUCCCACUCUUAUCAGGUCUACCUCGGCACACUUUAUUCCCUAUAUAGUGCACUACUUUUGUGCAGGCAAGUAGUGCACUCUACAGUGAAUAUGUUUCCAUUUGGGACGCAACCCUUGGCUCUACUCCACAUUCAAUUCAAUGGCCGCUUUGUGUUUGUCCUGAGGGCCUCCUUAGUGGUUGUUAUGGACUCCCACCCACCUCUAAAAACCCACCUCUUUAUUUUACUGAGCUACUGGGGUGGCUACUGUUUUAGACCUCUUGCUGGGCGAUUCCACUCUUUUAUUGGUGGUUUUAUUGUUGCAGUCAUUUCUCCUAUUGGUUUGGAGACAAUUGGUUUUAAACCAGUGUUUAAGAAUGACAUUGCAUGCGCACGUUGAAUUAGGCUUUCAGACAUGUGACGGAGGCAUUUUGCGUUAAAGAUAUACAGGACAUUACAUUUGUUUUUUAACAAUUCCAACUGAAAAUUUUACAAAAACACAUUUACAGGAAGAACUGUGCAGAUACAAAGUUUGUGAACAGAAUAAAACUGAUGGAGAUUUUACUGUAAUUCUGUUACCAAACUUUGCAUCUGCACACUUUUUUCAGUAAAUGUUUAUUUUAUUUUAUUUACUGUGUAAAUUGUUGAAGGUAGUCAUUUUGCAUAGAGUUGUAUAGUUUGUUAAACUUUGAAAUGAAUGUUUUUUGUUUGACAUACAUUUUAAAGUCUCAGUGUAAUUCCGUUACCGUGGAAUUGUCCAUAUGGCAUACUGGCUUGCUGUAUUUCUCUCUCAGGGGGAAAAGUGACACUUUAAUUUGUAAUUCUGGUCAUAUGUAAACCUCACUGUCCAUUACACUCCACAGUUGUACCACUUCAUUUAAAAUGUUUACAUAUCCCCCCAGAGGCUGUGCAAACCACUUACUGUGCUGACCAACCAAUACCUCACUGCACCAUGUUGUCUGGAGGAAGUUGAUUUUGGCCUGCCGCACGCCGCCAUUUAUCAUCCCCUGAAACUCAAGUGGCUGACAAGCCUGCCGGCCGCAGUCCUGACAAUCAUGCUAUUGGCUGGCCGCUGACCGGGCUUUCCCCAAACAGGAAGUGGAAUCAAUGACUCAGCCAGCAUGACCUCAUCGCGCUCCUAAUUAGCAGCAGGCCUGGUAAUGAACAACUGGCGAAGGCUGCCCACAUCAGCGGUUUUCUGUUUUUUCCCCGAGCCAGGCAAUCAACUGAGCCCUCGCCGUUCUUUGGCAUUUCCUGCAUUGUGAGCAGCCAUGUCAUUGAAUUUACUUAUUCUCCACGUUGUUCUUUUUUCUUCUUCUUUCUUCUUCCUUUUUGGUUCCCCCUCUCUAAGUAAGGCAACCUGGAGAACUUCAUUACCCCCAUUCUUCUCUGUCAACAGGCAAACCACAUCCAUCCUCGUGUGGAGGAGAGAGACAGGGGUUAUGACUCACACCCACAGUUACAGAGACACACACAACGACAUUUUACAUUUACAUUUUAGUCAUUUAGCAGACGCUCUUAUCCAGAGCGACUUACAGUUAGUGAUUACAUAUUAUUAUUAUUUUUAUUUAUUUUUUAUACUGGCCCCCCGUGGGAAUCGAACCCACAACCCUGGCGUUGCAAACGCCAUGCUCUAUCAACUGAGCUACAUCCCUGCCGGCCAUUCCCUCCCCUACCCUGGACGACGCUGGGCCAAUUGUGCGCCGCCCAUGAGUCUCCCGGUCAGCUGCGACACUCGCUUUCUCUCUCGCCCUCUCUACCCCUGUACAUUUUCCCCCUUCCGACUGCCAAAAACAGCUCUUACCUUUAAAUUCAAUAUGCGUUUGGCUCAUAGAUGGAAUUAUAGAAGUAGAAAAAGUUUUUUCCUCUCUGAUACUUUUUGGAUUCUACACCCCUAACAAUCACAGAGUUGGCCUAAUAUAAUAACCAGCACGUCUUCUGUCUUCUCUCCAAUACGAGUCAGACAGCUUAGGGUUUGGCAUCGGUCUCUCUGACUGACUAGAGAAAACUGCCAGAGCUGUCUCUUGUUUUUCUCAUGUGAUUCUCUCCAUGCCUCUCUCUGUCCGUCUUCUGUUCUGGCCUAUCCAGCUCUGCAGUAAUGCUUUGGUCACAGCCUGCUUUAAUCACUGUCUACACUGGCCUCUGCCAGUUGCUAAACCUCAGGUCAUUGACUGCAAUGAAAUGCGAUCAACUACUAGACUAUUCAGAAUGUAGAAUACACUCAGCCUCAGAUUUGUGUUGGACUUCACUGUGUUUUCACACCUGCUAAGGCUUUUGGUUGGCUGUACCUAAUCUUUAUUUAUGAUCUUGAUUGGUACCAUGGGUCGUGUUAUGAGAAGGAUGCUUUAGCCGUUGAUGUUGUUUCUUUUCUCAAAUCAUUACCUCGUUCCUACAUAACCGUUUAAGCAAUCUCACCUCACACAGCCAUGUAUGAUAAUAGGAACCCAGUAGACGAUAGUGUAACACUAGUAUAAUAGUACCAUUUAAGAUAAGCGUGUUGGUCUUGAUGCAGUGCAAUAGAGAACAAUGUGUUCCAUACGGCACUGCUUAUUAUCCUGCAGACCAGCAGAUGUCAGUGUGAUUUAAUGCAGAGGAGGAACAGCCAGGCAGAGAGAGGGGAGGGAGGGAAAGACCUCCUCAUUCUGAGAGGGUUUUCAGCACAGCAGUCGUUGUAGUGUCAGCCAGACAAUGUCAAGCACAGAGAGUGCUUAAAAAUGAAUUAAGCACUUGGGUAUGGACUGUGGAGAAGUCCUGAUUCUGAAAUGGUGGUGGUGGUAUGGAACUUCUAAUUCAGUAUAACAGGGGAGGGAAUGUCCUAGAAAUCCUUAAUUUAUAGAUAGACCUAUUUUAAUGGAGAAUGUGGUGGACUAUAUAUUCUUAGGUUUUGUAUUGCUUAAUGCAGGGUUUCCCAGCUCUGUUUAUGGUGAACUGCUAUGUAUUGGUAUGAUAACAACUGUUUCCUUACAGCAUUUCGUACACCUAUACAUAGAGUAUGUAGACUUUUAGAGAAGGGUUAGUGAUUCUAUAUUUUUCACAUUUGUAUUUAUUUGUUUGAUGAGAGACAUAAGCCAAUUCAUCUUAAUUUAUGUUUUUCUCCUAUUUUUAUGUAUCUUUAUUUAACCAGUCGAGUCCCAUUGAAAUGGUAAUCUCUUUUACAAGGGAGUCAUAUGUAUUUUCCUAUUGCAAACCAAAGCACCAAACUACUAUCAAUUUACCAUCCCCUCAUUGAAUACCUGUGGUCAUUGUAUCUGUUUAUACCCCCCCACAGCAACUCAUCCCCUAUGUGGAGGACGACAGCUCCAAACACGAUGAACGCUUGGCCAGCCAGGCCCAUCCGGCAACAGAGGAGAGGAGGGAAAUCCUGGAGGUUAACAAGGUGAGCUGCCCACUGGGGUUUUAUAGAUAUAAAUGUACAGUACACUGGGCUUUAGAGAGCACAGCCCUGUAUAUAAAAGGUAACCCCAAUAGUGAUUCCAGGAGGAGAGAGAAAAGAGAGGCUACAGAGAGAUUUCUUUUUUGAUGAAUGUAUAACUGGACCGGAUGGAUAAAGAGGAGAUUUUAAUGUGAAUACAUAUUGAGACAGACAUUAUUCCAGUCAUUCCAGAGGAGGAGAGAUGGAGGGAAAAGAGAGAAUACUGAGAGAGAAGACAAUGACCAGAUGGACAGAUAUGUAGACAAAGGGAAUAUGUUGGAGGGAAGGUCUCCAUAUCAAGCCAGAGAGGAGAGAAAAAGAAGAAACACUUGAAGGAAAGAGAGAGAAGACCGAUAGAUGGAAAACUACAACACAGAUAGAUAUGUAGACAGUUGGAAUGAUACUGGCUUCCAGAAGAGAGCAAAGACUGAUGGAAUUCCUCUGGAAGACAAAUAAAAAUGACAUAUACUGCACUGUAAAUCAGUGACAAACACAAUCUAAGAUUGAGAAAAGAGAUGAUAAAAGAAAAGAGAUUGAUGUAGAACUGAAUUGAUAGAUAUGUCCCAAGAAGGGAAAGUUCAAAUAAAGUCACAUAAUUGACACCUGUAUACAGUAAUAUCCCCAUAGAACAAACAGAUGUGAAGGCCAACAACUAUAGCCUGGUCCCAGAUCUGUUUGUGCUGCCUUGACAGUUCGUAUGGCCAUUGUUUGGCAUGAUCAUAUGAGUUGGCAAGACCGCACAAACAGAUGUAGGACCAGGCUAGCCCUGUUGAUUGUCUUUGAUCUAACCCAGCAGGAAAGGUAGGUAAAGAGUAGAGUCUGCUAGGUUAAAGGAGGUACACUGGAGGAGCUCCAAGAUAAAUGACUCCUCCAUGGUAAUGUCUUGCUGCUUUAUGGGCCGUCCUGUGUGUGAGUGAUAGCCUGCUCUCGUUAUCUGUCGAUUGGGGUAAUUGCUGUUUGUCGGAGGUGCGUUGACUGAUGGUGAUGCAAUCUGUCGAGGGAGGGAGGAAGGGAGAGAGAGAUGGUGUGCAUGCGGCCGAUGGUGUGUGCUUUGGUGUAAGUAUGAGUGAAAUAUGUGUGUGUGAGUUCAUUUGAGCAUGUAGCCUCUGUAUGGUGUUUGCAUAAAUGUUUAAGAUGCAUUAGCCAUAAUUUAUUACCACCUAAUGGUCUGAGAUUGCUCAAUCUCUGAGCUGCAGACCUUUUUGCUUCAGACUGAUUGUGCAUAUCAAUUCCCCUUUCCUCUCCCUCUCCUAUGCUCCAACGAGAAACACAAACUCCGAAGCGCCCAAGUGACCACAAAUUAGAGCCUUAAUGAAUGCCUUGCAUUAGUGGUCACACGCCAAUUAAUGGGAGGAAACGAUGAAUAUGACUAACCGACCAACCGAAUCGAAUUGAAAUUCCGAAGAUGUUUUGCAGAUAGGCAUUUUCGUCCCAUCUGUGUCGCCUUUUACGUCCAAGAAGGACCCCUGACUGACUGUGAGUUUUCUGCAGAACAGAUGAUGAUGAUUCACUGGACUCUCAAGAGUGAUAAUCAUUCCAUCUGGGAUAUGAUGCUUCUUUCUUGUCAUCUCCCCAUCACUCUUUUUCUUCCCUCCUUCACCCUCCUUCCUUUCCUCCAUCCUUCCUUCUCUUCUUCCCCCCACGGGUCCUAACUGAUGACCCGCUCCCUCGGGAGUGUCACUGUGAUACGGGAGGGGACCUGGGACCAUCCCCAGUGCCUCUCCGUUGCAGCCCUGCCAUCACCAUUCGGCCAGCGUUUGAUUUAAUACUAGCCUAAGUGAGAAUAAAUUCCUGUCAUAGCCCAUUAAGGAGGCCUUGGAGAGAUCUGGCCUGUUAUUAAUUCUCCACAGCUCCUCUCUUUCUCUCUCCUCUCUCGGCUCCCCACCCUCCCCUCAUUCCCUCCCUCGCUCGCACACACUCCCUUGCUUUUUUAAUAUCCUGUUAAUUACCGCGUCUGUCCUCUUUAUUCAAAUGAGAAAGUGAGAAAUUAAACGCAAAGGAUGUUUGUAAUUUCAAAUAGGGGAAAAGUGGGGGGAGGCAGUGCCUCUCCAAUGGCGGAGCAGUCAUGGAUAAUGAAUUCCAGUGACAUUGGCGGGUUAGCAGCGUUAUCUGAAGAGCAGGCCGGGGUCUGUGGAGGCCUGAUGAUAAACAAACAGAGACCUGGAUGAUAAUGAGACUCACUCGGAGAGAGGGAUACAGAUGGCUUCAUGGAUCUCUCUCUCUCUCUCUCUCUCUCUCUCUCUCUCUCUCUCUCUCUCUCUCUCUCUCUCUCUCUCUCUCUCUCUCUCUCUCUCUCUCUACUACUUCCUUUCUUUCUCCCCCUCUGCCUCUUUCUCUCAACCCCCCUUUCUCUCUCUCUCUCUCCUUCUCCUCCCUCCUUCUCCUCCCUCACUCUCUUUCUCCCUGCUUACACACUACAGCAUUAGCAGGCUGUUCACAGGAGGCGCACAAACCUCCAUGUUAUUAUCAGGCUCAUAUGUAGCCCAUUAGACCAGUGUGUCGGCCAGAAGCUUUGUAAUUGGUGAGCAGGAGGUCAGAGGGGAAAUGCAGCGCAACUCAUGUUGUUGGAAGAUCAGGGGGCUAUUUUUGGAAUUAGAAUGUUUUUCGAGUUAAUUCUCCGAUUAUUUUCUAUUUUGUUAAACCGUUUAAGGAAUAUGUAACCAAUUAGACUAGAGUUUUUUUAAUUCUCAAAAUAUGUUUGGAUUCUUUAACUACAGCAAGGCAGGCUGAAAGUCUUACUGGCUUGAAAGAGGAAGGACUAGGUGUACAACAGUAUCUCUAUUGUGACCAUGGUGAUGCCACCAGGUUGAUAGGUUCAACAGCCAGAACACUGUGUUUCCCACCUGUUUAGAAAUGGAUCCUGUGAACUUUAGAUCUGUUGGUGCAUAGGGCUGUUACGGUGACUGUAUUACCACCACACUGGAGGUGUCGAGUCAUGACCGCAGUCAAAUUCCACGUGACCAUUUAGUCAAGGUAACUAGGCUUCUCCAAGCUCUGAUGCUGCUGAUGGUCAUUAGUAGCCUGCCAAACUUGCUAACUGCCAGUCCCUGAUGGCCUGGUACUCAGCACUCUAUUGUCCCUCUAAUCACAUCAAUGCAAAUGUUAUUGAAAAUCUAAUCAAACACUUCAUGAGAGCCCAUGAGCUCCUGUUGCGCAACAUUUCUAUAGGCUAUGCAAUUGUGUGAGAAAACAGAGUUUUGAUGGCCUCUAUUAAAAAGAGGAGGAUCCCAUCAGCUUUCCAUAGGCUAGGCCUACUAUAUUUAUUUCUCAACUUUCCUAAUAUUAAGCACAACAAACGUCCUCCAUUCGCUAUUACAUGCAUAGAUUACAUGUAUUUCCCCCCCCCCCAUGCCCCUGUUUCGAGACAGGUGCAUGAUAAUGGUCCAUUCUAAAUUAAAACAAAUUUCACACAUACAGUGCAUACGGAAAAUAUUGGGAGAACCUUCCAGAAGGACAACCAUCUCUGCAGCACUCCACCAAUCAGGCCUUUAUGGUAGAAUGGUCAGACGGAAGCCACUCCUCAGUAAAAGGCACAUGACAGCCCGCUUGGAGUUUGCCAAAGGACUCUCAGACCAUGAGAAACAAGAUUCUCUGGUCUGAUGAAACAAAGAUUGAACUCUUUGGCCUGAAUGCCAAGUGUCAUGUCUGGAGGAAACCUGGCACCAUCCCUACGGUGAAGCAUGGUGGUGGCAGCAUCAUGCUGUGGGGAUGUUUUGCAGUGGCAGGGACUGAGAGACUAGUCAGGAUCGAGGGAAAGUUGAACGGAGCAAAGUACAGAGAGAUUCUUAAUGAAAACCUGCUCCAGAGCGCUCAGGACCUCAGACUGAGGCGAAGUCACUUUCCAACAGGAUAACGACCCUAAGCACACAGCCAAGACAACGCAGGAGUGGUAUCGGGAAAAGUCUCUGAAUGUCCUUGAGUGGCCCAGCUAGAGCCCGGACUUGAACCUGAUCUAACAUCUCUGGAGAGACCUGAAAAUAGCUGUGCAGCGACACUCCCCAUCCAACCUGACAGAGCUUGAGAGGAUCUGCAGUGAAGAAUGGGAGAAACUCCCCAAAUACAGGUGUGCCAAGCUUGUAGUGUCAUACACAAGAAGACUCGUGGCUGUAAUCGCUGCCAAAGGUGCUUCAACAAAGUACUGAGUAAAGGGUCUGAAUACUUAUGUAAAUGUAAUAUUUCCAUGUUUUUAUUUUUAAUACAUUUGCUAAAAUUUCUAAAAACCUGGUCUUUGUCAUUAUGGGGUAUUGUGUGUAGAUUGAUGAGGGGGAAAAAACAAUUUAAUCCAUUUUAGAAUAAGGAUGUAACGUAACAAAAUGUGGAAAAAGUCAAGGGGUCUGAAUACUUUCCGAAUGCACUGUAUAUUACUUAUGUAAAGACAAGAUUAAAUCAAGAAUAGUCUGAUUGGUGACAAUAUAUCACUUCUAAGUGAUAUAUUAUCACUUGUGAAUGAUGCCCAGCUUGUGUGCAGUAAGGCAAGAAACAGCACAUGCCUUUUUUUUGGCUACUUUUUCAAAUCAUAGUCGCUCACCCAUGUAGCCUAGCCCAUAGGCCUGUAUGUUUUGAUAAGGUUUGUAUCACAACUAAAGUGGCCAAAUAACUUCUUAAAAUUAAGCACAUUAAUCCGCUUUACAACCGGUGUAGAGGCUAACUAGCAUACAUAGGUCGCGCGUGAGCUUCAAGUUUGGAUAAGAUAAUUUUCACCAUAAAAAUGCACCUUUUAUAAUAAAGCAUUACAUGCAUCACUUUUGAGAAUGGCGUUUUCCCGCUAAUUGCAUUUUGGAACAUUCGCGCUUAUAGCCUACUGCCGUGAGUGCAUUGCUGCACUUACAGUGAGGAAAAAAAGUUUUUGAUCCCCUACUGAUUUUGUACGUUUUCCCACUGACAAAGACAUGAUCAGUCUAUAAUAUAAUGGUAGGUUUAUUUGAACAGUGAGACAGAAUAACAACAAAAUGUCAAAAAUGUUAUAAAUUGAUUUGCAUUUUAAUGAGGGAAAUAAGUAUUUGACCCCUCUGCAAAACAUGACUUAGUGGCAAAACCCUUGUUGGCAAUCACAGAGGUCAGACGUUUCUUGUAGUUGGCCACCAGGUUUGCACACAUCUCAGGAGGGAUUUUGUCCCACUCCUCUUUGCAGAUCUUCUCCAAGUCAUUAAGGUUUCGAGGCUGAUGUUUGGCAACUCGAACCUUCAGUUCCCUCCACAGAUUUUCUAUGGGAUUAAGGUCUGGAGACUGGCUAGGCCACGCCAGGACCUUAAUGUGCUUCUUCUUGAGCCACUCCUUUGUUGCCUUGGCCGUGUGUUUUGGGUCAUUGUCAUGCUGGAAUACCCAUCCACGACCCAUUUUCAAUGCCCUGGCUGAGGGAAGGAGGUUCUCACCCAAGAUUUGACGGUACAUGGCCCCGUCCAUCAUCCCUUUGAUGCGGUGAAGUUGUCCUGUCCCCUUAUCAGAAAAACACCCCCAAAGCAUAAUGUUUCCACCUCCAUGUUUGAAGGUGGGGAUGGUGUUCUUGGGGUCAUAGGCAGCAUUUCUCCUCCUCCAAACACGGUGAGUUGAAUUGAUGCCAAAGACCUCGAUUUUGGUCUCAUCUGACCACAACACUUUCACCCAGUUCUCCUCUGAAUCAUUCAGAUGUUCAUUGGCAAACUUCAGACGGGCCUGUAUAUGUGCUUUCUUGAGCAGGGGGACCUUGCGGGCGCUGCAGGAUUUCAGUCCUUCACGGCGUAGUGUGUUACCAAUUGUUUUCUUGGUGACUAUAGUCCCAGCUGCCUUGAGAUCAUUGACAAGAUCCUCCUGUGUAGUUCUGGGCUGAUUCCUCACCGUUCUCAUGAUCAUUGCAACUCCACAAGGUGAGAUCUUGCAUGGAGCCCCAGGCCGAGGGAGAUUGACAGUUAUUUUGUGUUUCUUCCAUUUGCGAAUAAUCGCACCAACUGUUGUCACCUUCUCACCAAGCUGCUUGGCGAUGGUCUUGUAGCCCAUUCCAUUGUAGGUCUACAAUCUUGUCCCUGACAUCCUUGGAGAGCUCUUUGGUCUUGGCCAUGGUGGAGAGUUUGGAAUCUGAUUGAUUGCUUCUGUGGACAGGUGUCUUUUAUACAGGUAACAAGCUGAGAUUAGGAGCACUCCCUUUAAGAGUGUGCUCCUAAUCUCAGCUCGUUACCUGUAUAAAAGACACCUGGGAGCCAGAAAUCUUUCUGAUUGAGAGGGGGUCAAAUACGUAUUUCCCUAAUUAAAAUGCAAAUCAAUUUAUAACAUUAUUGACAUGCGUUUUUAUGGAUUUUUAUGUUGUUAUUCUGUCUCUCACUGUUCAAAUAAACCUACCAUUCAAAUUAUAGACUGAUCAUUUUUUUGUCAGUGGGCAAACGUACAAAAUCAGCAGCGGAUCAAAUACUUUUUUCCCUCAUUGUAUUAUGUGAAGAAAUAGCCUAAUAGUUUAUCAACAUUUUAAGCUCAACAUUCUGAUCUGUUGCAUCAGCCUCAUUGCUUUUAAAAGGUUUUUUGAUGCUAGUGGUUGCAUUAAUUUGGGAUCUAUUGCAUCCCACAACUGUCCCAGACUAUGUUUGGAGUAUGUAUUUCUCGCACAGAUGACCAAGUCAGUUUUUUUACUAUGGGGGAUAGUAGAUUGACAUAGGCUAGUGCUUUUACUGUUCGUUAGGCCUACUCAUCUAUUUGGCUGAUGAAAAGUUAAUGUGGACAUCUUCCAGUUCCAGCAGGUAUAUCUCACUGGUCAUCCCCAAAGCCAACACCGCAUUUGGCCGCUAUUCCUUCCAGUUCUCUGCUGCAAAUGACUGGAACGAACUGCAAAAAUCUCUGAAGCUGGAGACACUUAUCUCCCUCACUAACUUUAAGCGUCAGUUGUCAGAGCAGCUUACCGAUCACUGCACCUGUACACAGCCCAUCUGUAAUUAGCCCACCCAACUACCUCAUCCCCAUAUUGUUAUUUACAUUGUUAUUUAUUUUGCUCAUUUGCACACCAGUAUCUCUAUUUGCACAUCAUCUUCUGCACAUCUAUCAUUCCAGUGUUAAUACUAAAAUGUAAUUAUUUUGCACUAUGGCCUAUUUAUUGCCUUACCUCCAUAACUUACUACAUUUGCACACACUGUAUAUAGAUUUUCUAUUGAGUUAUUGACUGUACGUUUUGUUUUGUUUAUUCCAUAUGUAACUCUUUGUUGUUGUUGUUUUUAUCGCACUGCUUUGUUUUAUCUUGGCCAGGUCGCAGUUGUAAAUGAGAACUUGUUCUCAACUGGCUUACCUGGUUAAAUGAAGGUGAAAUAAAAUAAAAUAAAUUAGUGGCAUGUAGGCUAUGCUAUGCGCGGAAGCCAGAACACGCUAAAUGUGUUUAUGUUAAUUAACGGUGAGUUACCAUGAGACCGGCAGUUAUUUGCUUGACAAUCACCGGCUGACAAAAUGUCAUGACCGCCACAGCCCUAUAGGUUUGAAGAGUAAAUCAUGCCGACGACUGGAAUCUGCUGCGCUGACAAAACAAGUGACACUUUGCUACUCUCCCCAAACACCAAACCUUGUUCUUGCUCCCCUUGCGUAAGAGGAGCAAAAAUAACAUCUCCAAUCGGUUGAGACUUUAAAGUUGAAUUAUACAGUUUUUCAUUUUCCCAGAUAUCUGCCUGCCUCUUUUUCUCUCCGGUUGCGUAUGAAAUCUGGGCUGGACCCAUAUGCUGUAAGCCCCUGACAGCUCAGGCAGAGAUGAAAGAGCCCGGCUCAUUGGCCCUGAGAUAG